GCCCGUGUGUGUUUGUGUGUACUGUAUGUGUACCUGUGCAUGUACAUCUGUGUGCGUUCGUUGCUUGGUAUAAAUAGCGUGGGACAUUUGCCGGCCGGGGAUUCUGUGAUGAAGAUGGCUGUACCUGGACCUCCGCUGCUCCUCUUUCUGUCUCUGCUGCUGCCACUGCUUUUAAGCAAGGCAUCUCUGCCUGCAGCAGCAUACACACUCACCCCAGGACGGCAGCCACAGCACAAGCUCCUCCACCUGGACUGGCCAAGGGAUUGUGGUUUGGCUCACUUCAAGCCCAACGUAGCUGAGAGGAUUGUGUCCGGGAACGAGGCCAGACCCCAUUCCUGGCCCUGGCAGGUGUCUCUGCAGGUUCGUCCCAGAGGAAGCAAACAUUACAUUCACGUGUGUGGUGGAACUCUCAUCCACAAGAACUGGGUCCUUACUGCUGCUCACUGCUUCCAAAAGGGGAAAGCUGAGGAUGCUGGGAGUUGGAGGAUCGUUCUGGGGAAGCACCAGCUGAGACGCUCGGAGACAGCAGAGAGGAUUUUCCCCGUGAAGAGGAUCUACCGGCACGAGAACUUCCGUUACCCGGCCCACAGCGAGCUGGACUACGACAUUGCCCUGGUGAAGGCUGCCACGGAUAUCGUCCCUUCAAACUUCAUCCGCUACGCCUGCCUGCCGCGCAAGCAGAUCAGCCUCACCCCGGGACACUACUGCUGGGUCACUGGCUGGGGAGACACCCGGGGGGGGAAGGAGAAUGUGUCUCUGGCAGAAGCCCUGAAUCAAGCCCGCCUGCCCAUCAUUGAAUACAAGACCUGCCGGCAGAAGAAAUUCUGGGGCGAUCGUGUCCGAGACUCCAUGAUCUGUGCCGGGUUCCGAGACACUGAGGGCCCGCCUGCUGCAUGCCAGGGUGACUCAGGCGGUCCUCUGCUGUGCCAGCAGGGGCAUGAUCGCUGGGAGGUGCACGGUGUGGUGAGUUUCGGCCCGAUUGGCUGCACCGUGGAGAAUAAACCCAGCGUCUUCACCCGCACCGCUGCCUACAUCCCCUGGAUCGAGGCAACGCGCAUCAGGGACUUCUUCCUGCACUAAACAGUGUCCCCGGCUCUGUGCUGGCUGCCAACUUAAGCUCUGUUUUAUGUCUGACGUGCACAAAAGACAAUCUGUUUUUAUGUACCAUAGUUCAUUCAGCAACCACUUCAAAUUGUAAAUAACGUUCUGAAUGGGGAAUUAUCAUACUUUACAGUCUACAUUAUGCACUGCUCUGAACAAAGUCGUAGCAGUGCAUAAUGUACACCCCUAUUAACUCCAGUCUACAAUUAUGCAAUAAAUAAUUAAAAGCAA